UUCCCCAUGAAUCCUUUUGGCCACUGAACAAAUAUUUGUGACCCCGAUGAAAAGAAUGGUUUAUUUACGUUUGUUGUUGACACGCUCAGCUCGACGUUUAUCGCUAUAUUGCCUUUUACAAUAGUUUGGCGGGCUCAUAGGAUCUGUGGGAUCGUCGAAGCCCCAAAACAACAACAACAACAACAAUAGUUUGGCUGCAUCUCAGGAAUCUCAGCCACAGAUAAACUUCCUUACUGUUCACUCUUCCUGCAAUAAUACAGCUUCAUUUAGUGUUCUCUGGCGGCAGUGACAGCUGUGUGAAGGAGGACCAGGGAACACACACCACUUCGAUACUUCUUAAUUAGUGUAUCAUCCUCAGCAAACUUAAUGUUGGAAAGCAAGGUCUUCAAGUGUGAACACAAUUGGACUUCAAGAAAAGUCUCAGGGAAAAGUCAGAGUACUGGAAAUCCAACCCUCGGAAAUUUUGUGACUUUUGCAAAUGCUGGAUAGCUGACAACAAGCCAAGCAUUGACUUUCACGAGCGGGGCAAGCGGCACAAAGACAAUGUACAGAAGCGGCUGGCAGAGAUGGGUAGGAAGGGCCAGGAGGACUAUGAGGCCAAACUACAAGAGGAGGAUUUUCUCAAGAGUAUGGAAGAGGCUGCUAUGAAAGCAUACAAGAAUGAUAUAGAGCAGAAUCCAGAUAUGACAGGAACAAAGAUUAAUGAGAUAACAAAGGCAAACAAUGCUGAACUUGUAGUAGGAAAGAAGAAAAUUGAAGCAUCAGACACCACAACAGCGAGCACUGCCACCACCACCUCCAAGCCUAGUGGUGGUGGUGCAGCCAAGGUCUGGCACGAGGCCAAGUCCCCUGAUGGAGAGUCUUACUAUUGGAACACAGAGACUGGAGAAUCUACAUGGGAUGUGCCAAAGGAAGGUUUCAUGUCAGUAAAGGAACAGGAACGAUUAUCAGAAAAGACCACCACCACCACCACCACCAGUCACAAAGCCUCAGCAGACAAGUCAGCCCACACCAUAAAGAAGAAAUCACAAACCACUGUGUCAUCAGCACCCAUGAUGUAUGGACCAGCACCAAAGGCAGAAGCAUUUUCAUCCUGGCAGACAGUGAAAAUGAGUGACAAGGAGAAAGCAGUUGACCUCCAGCUUCCACAGAUUGCAGAGGAAGGUUACUAUGCACCUGAGGUGGUGAUCAGCAAGCCUGAAGUGUCAUUCAAGGAGAAGGUUGUGACAUUGUCUGACCAGGGAGAGGAAGGAGAUCUGGGCAGUGUUGGCUUCAAAAAGAGGAAAGCACAACAAGACAAUAGAAAAAUUAUGAAAAGAAGAAAUGAUUUGUAAUACCAGUUCAUAAAACAUGUGUUCAGGAUAGUACAUAUUAAGGUAUGCAAAUUACAAAUUUAAUAUUUUAAUGUAGGCUUAUGAGUGUGAUUCCAUUUUCUUGAAGAUAUUGUAUAUUCUACAUCUGACAUAUGAUCAUUCACAAUAAUACUCAUGGGAUAAUUUUUCAAGUUUAGCUGAUGAGGAUAGAUGGAUAGGCAAAUAGACAGAUGGACAAGGAGAAAGAAUGUGGGGUAAUUUCCAUGAAGAUGACCACAAACAUUUGGUCUCUCUUUGAUGAUGAGAAAGUAAAGCCAAGUAAUGCAUUGAAUUAAACUACCCUAUUGCACACACACACACACACACACACACACACACACACACACACACACACACACACACACACACACACACACACACACACCGCUUAGUGUAGUGAUUA